ACAAUCUUGAAAUGUUGAAUCUAAACGGAAAGGUCGCCCUCAUCACCGGCCUGGGUCAAACCAACGACGAAGGCUGGGGCAUCGGAGCAGCCAUUGCCACGCUCUUUGCUCGCCAGGGAGCAACUAUCUUUGGAGGAAACCGCACACUUGCCUCGGCUGAACGGACGAAAGAUCGCAUCGAGCAAGAGGGUGGGGUCUGCGAUGUGGUUGAAACAGAUGUGACCAACGCUGCAUCAGUCAAGAACCUGGUAGACCAAUGUAUGCAGAAGCAUGGCCGUAUCGAUAUCCUGGUCAACAACGUCGGCCGCUCUGAGCCUGGCUGUCCAGCCACCAUGUCUCCGGAUGUCUGGGAUGCGCAGAUUGGCACAAACCUAAACAGUAUCUAUCUGACUUGCCACUAUGUUCUUCCCUUCAUGGAACAGCAGACCUCCGGUGGUGCUGUGGUGAACAUUGCAAGUAUCGCCGGGCUGCGAUAUAUCGGAAAACCCCAAAUCGCCUACUCUGCAACAAAAGCAGCCAUCAUGCAAUUUACUAAAGCGACGGCUGUCAUCUAUGCCCCCAAAAAGAUUCGACUAAACACUGUCGUUCCGGGGCUGAUUUAUACGCCAUACACCAAAGCCCUCUCGAAGCGGUAUGCCCCUGGGGGAGACGAAGAAGCUUAUAUGAAGAUGCGCGACGCUCAAGUUCCAAUGGGGCGUAUGGGAGACGCGUGGGACGUGGCGAAUACGGCUUUGUUUCUGGUUUCUGACGAGGCCUUGUACAUCACUGGCCAGAAGAUCGUAGUAGAUGGAGGAAUUACUUCAUCAACGGGGCGUGUAUAAUGGCAUUUAACUAGAUUCGUG